GUUGUACUGUAUAUGCUUUUUCAUUGUCCAUCAGAAAAUGAAUAAUAUCAGUGACUAUAGUGACCAAUGGGACAAACAAAUAGACCGGUGGCUAGUCUCCAAACUCGGCGAAUACAUGGGCAACGACUCCACCAUAUACUACUGGGGCUAUGAAUACUGGGAACAGGGGCCUGACCCCCGGUCAGACCACCUGCCACUUGUGGGCAUUUCAUUCGUGGGUUUAGUUGCCAUUAUUAUGACAUACCUGUUCAUUGUGUUUGCAUUAAUACCGGAAAUCAUGCGAAAAAAGCAAGCUUAUACUCUCAAAAAUACAAUGAUUGCAUACAAUGUUCUACUCGUCCUAAUAAACGGUUACUUUUUCUUCCGGGUCCUUUUCCACACGACACGACUGGGACGGGAGAUGUGGAACUUCACGAACCCUAAGACCGAUACCUCGGACAAGGCCAUGGACUUCAUAAACAUAGCCUAUUGGUACUACUUAUCAAAAUUAGUCGACUUUUUCGACACGUUUUUCAUGGCUUUCAAGAAGAAACACUCGCAGAUAACUGUCCUCCACAUCUGGCACCACAUAUCACUGGUGGGCGCCGGUUGGAUGUAUAUGCGAUACAACCCAUAUAUGCCUACCUGUGCUAUCAUUCCGAUAGUCAACGGCUUCAUACAUGUGGUAAUGUAUGGUUAUUACGCGUUGUCAGCGCUGGGACCCCAGUACCAGAAGUAUUUAUGGUGGAAAAAACAGAUAUGCCUUUAG